GGUCCGUUUCUGGAAGAUGUUGAGGUUGUGGGGGAGCGGGUGGUGGUAGAGGAGGAGGAGGAGGAUUGGUCCCCCACCAGAUAUCACCACCAACAUCUUCGGCUUCUGCAGGAGAUGCCAAAACCCAACCUCCCGUUCCCGAAUUCAGACGUCGUGUCAGCUUCUGUGAUCAGUAGUCGUACGCGUUCCCUCAGGAUCAUGGAUUUGGAAAAGUGCUUUUGGAUAAAGACCAGGCUACAAUACACAAUACUGAUGAUUGUCUGGACGAUACUGCAGGCGGGGAGCGGAGUUCGAGCACACCUAGACAUGACCACGGCGGAAAUGGGGACCGGAGCGGGAGCGGAGGCAGUCGCCGUCACGGAACCCCUGACUGCUGCGGGGGGCACCGCGACGGGGGAGGAACAGACGUCGCCCCAGUUACUGCUCGAAACCUUCAAAUUGGAUCCUUCGGGGCCCACCGAUGAAGACCUCGGUCCCAGAGACCUCAACAACACUCAUGACCGGCUUUCACACGAUGGCAGUGAGCAGAGUUCGGUGGUGUUCGUGGGAGAUGGGUACGUGCCAGUUACCACCCAGCUCAGAUCAAGACCUAUAUCACAUACAGAGCCACAGCAUCACGAUUGGCGUUUACAGACCGUGGAAGGGUGGGACGCACGUCGUCAUGGAAACAAUAAAACGCGUGUGCAACAUAUCGAAGCUGAGUGCCAGGACGACUAUAUGAAGAUUCGUAUAGGCUUCAACGGAUCUUUCGGUGGUUUACUAUAUUCGUCAGGCUAUUCGUACGACCCGGACUGUGUGUACAUCAAUGGAACUGGACGGGAUUAUUACGAAUUCUAUAUCCAGCUCAAUCGAUGUGGUACACUCGGCAAAAACUCAAGACAAGAAGAUGCCAGGAAAAAUCCAGCAAAAAAUUUGAUGUGGAAUACUGUAACAGUUCAAUACAAUCCUUUAAUAGAGGAGGAGUGGGAUGAACACUUCAAAGUUACCUGCGAAUACGGUUAUGACUUUUGGAAAACAGUCACAUUUCCUUUCCUGGAUGUUGAGGUAGCAACUGGAAAUCCUGUAGUAUUCACACUGUCUCCUCCGGAAUGCUACAUGGAAAUUCGUUACGGUUAUGGAACAGCUGGGAAUCGAGUUGGUGGACCCGUCAGAGUUGGGGAUCCACUCACCUUGAUCAUCUACAUGCGCAGUAAAUACGAUGGAUUCGAUAUUGUGGUGAACGAUUGCUAUGCUCAUAACGGCGCUAACAAGAGGAUACAGUUGAUUGAUCAAUAUGGAUGUCCGGUUGAUGAUAAGCUGAUAAGUAGGUUCAGGGGUUCUUGGUCGGAGAGUGGUGUAUUUGAGACACAAGUGUUUGCCUAUAUGAAAACGUUCCGUUUCACAGGCUCGCCGGCGCUUUACAUUGAAUGUGAUGUUAGAAUGUGUCAUGGACGUUGUCCGAGUCAACCAUGCCACUGGAGAAAUGCGAAGAGUGUGCAAAAGAGAGCAAUCACUGAGAGUGUGACACCUUCCACAGUCCCUCUCUCUCAGAAUAUCAACCUCUUCCAAUCGCUUCGCGUUUUGCAGGAGGGUGAAGGUCCAGAGGAAGCUGCAUUGACCAAUGGAACAGAAGGAGACAGCAACGACCACCAUAACCCGUACUCUUACUGUAUGCGUAGCGGACUUCUAGCAGCUGUGGUUGCAUUUGGUUGCACGGUUCUCUGCGUGCUAAGUCUGGCGCUCACCAUAAUGUGCUACAGGGCUCGGCGAUUGACCAAAGCCGUCGAUGAGCCACACAUGAACACGCCACCUCCACGAUGCUUCCUCACACACAAGGGGCGCAUCAACUGACACAUCAACCGUGGUGCACAAGAACUGAACAAUGUGUCCAGACUCCAAACAAAACUGAUCAUUAAUAGGAAAGCAUUUAGACCAUAGUAUGAGAACCUGGUCUUUGAAGAGAAUAAU